AUGCCCCCGAGGGAACCCCCGAUGUUUACCAGCGCGUUCUCUUUUCAAAGCGCCAACUACGUAUUCGUUCCCAAUAACGAAACCCGUUACGCGUGCGUUUCGACGAAACGCAUCGCCGCCGCGUCUGCUACGACGUGUGAAACGGCGUUAACGCGCUAUUCGACGAAACGGCGGUCGGAUUACGUAACGUUACGUGCACCGAUCCCCUUCUUAGAAGCGCGGUCGCUCGAUGUCGGCUCCGCGCGAAGUGUUACCUUUGCCCUCGGC